AUGCUCUGUUUUUGCGCACAGUUGGACAAAGAACGCGCGGCGUACAAUCUGAAAGAAGGCGCGUUAUCGGACGUCAUAUGCUUGGCGUUAAACUUAGACAAGCACUCAGAGAUGAGGACGAGAAUAAAAAACUGGAAGAUGAGCUCGAAAGGUUUAGAUUUCGCGGUGAUUUGCGGGAACGUGGCGGGCGAGUUCAUCGGGAGAAGGAACAAGAAGAAGAGCGGGGGCGAGACCGGGAUGACGAUAGAUGAAGUCAACGAAAUGUUGGAUAACAUGUGCAUGGGAAACGAUCGAGAGGCGAAAGCGAGGGAGUUGAGAAAGUUUAUCAUGCGAGCGACGGAGAAAGAGGUGGUGUGGAUCGUUUCCAUUAUUUUGAAAGACUUGAAGUUGGGAGGCGUGUCGGAGAAGGAUUUUUUAAUGCAUUAUCAUCCGCAAGCGUACGAGGCGUACACGUGUAAAGCUGAUUUGAGGAAAGCGUGCGAGGCGCUGUCCGAUCGAAAUGCAGUUCUGAAGAAGCACGAUAUCGAGUGCGGGGAAGGAGUAAUCAUAGCGCAGUUGGCCGGGAGGAAGAACACGCCGAAGGAAGUGGCCAAGUGGGCGAGGUCGAAAGCGUUUGCCGUGGAGACGAAAUUUGACGGGGAGAGGGUGCAGAUACAUAGGAACAAGGAGAGUUUAGGUGAAAAGUGUCAGUAUUGGACAAGGAACAUGAACGAUUUCGGGCCGAGAGGCUACGGGAUCAUGGAUGUUUUGUUUUGCGACGCAGCGGAAGAAGAAGGGACGCGGGACACCGUCGACGAGCAUCGACGAGGAUUGCCCCCUAAAUGUAUUUUAGACGGUGAAAUCCUCGUAUAUAACAAGAGAAUAAAAGAGUUUGUGCCGUUUGGAACGAUCAAACGCGCGUUUAAUGCCGCGAACUGGAAAAAAAAUAUGGGUAAGAACAUGCCGAUCAUACCGAAAGGAUUUUACGAGAAUCCGACGAUGCAAACGAAGGAAAAGGGGCAAGCGAAAGAUAAAGAAGAAGAUGACGAUGAAGAAGGAGAAGAAGAAGAAAAAGAAGGAAACGAGGACGAAGAGGAAGAAGAAGAAGAAGAAGAAGGGGAAGAAGGGAGAGUGCGAUAUGAAUGGAAAGAUUUCGAAAUCGUAUACGUCCCGUUUGAUAUUCUCUACAACGAAGACACGUCGGUCAUUCACGAACCGUUGAGAAAACGCUACGACCUCUUGAAAGGUGCCAUUCGAGGAUGCUUAAACAAAGGUGCCGUCAAAGUCGGUGACACUGGAAUAACGUGUGCGGUAGUCUCGCCGUUCCAAGAUGACAUCGCGGAUAAUGAGUCGCAGGCAGAGAUUGCGCGUAAAUUUAGAACAGUUGUGGAGCAAAACGAUCCGAACGCCAUUGCAAAGAUUAGCGAUUGCUUGCGAGAGGCUCAAGAUCACGGCGAAGAAGGUAUCGUCGUCAAAUUACUCGAUUCGCCGUGGGUUCCAGGAGAACGGGGGCAUAAUUGGGUGAAAUUGAAGCCAGAUUACUGCGAAACUUCGGAUUACGACUGCGUCAUCAUCGGCGGCUAUUACGGCGAAGGGCGCGGCAGAGCGGGUAAGAUUUCACAGUGGUUGCUCGGGGUUAUCAAAGACGGGACGCAACGGGAUAAAAAUCCAACCAUCAUGACGUUCUGUAAAGUCGGGACCGGCUUUAACCGCGAGGAUCAGCACUAUUUGCGCGAUAAGUUGAAAGAUUUGAUGCGCUUUAAUCGAAAAAACGUAGAUAAAAACUACACGAAAACUUACGAAAGAUACGAGUGCUCGGGGAUGCUCGGUGAAACUCCGGAUGUUUGGAUAACGAAUCCGGAGAAAUCCGUCGUGAUGACGGUGAAAGGCGACGUACGUUUGGUACCUUCGCACACCUUCAACGCUCCUUACGGGUUGCGCUUUCCGAGAUGCUCGGCGAUCCGCCCGGAGAAACCUUGGAACGAAAUAUGUACGGAUAAAGACAUCGCGGAAACAGCCGAACGCUAUGUGACCAAAGUCACGCACAAAGGAAGUCGCGGUGGUGAUGGUGUUGGCAACGGAGAACAAGGCGACGACGAGCGAACGGCGUAUAAAGAGUACGAUCGCAAAAAUGCCAAAGGUUUGAAACGAAAACAAAAGAGAUCCCUAGCGGUCCAGGAGAAGUACGUCGCGCACAUGCAACCAGUAGACGUUCGAAACGUCGUCACCAUUUCCAAAAUUUUCGAAGGCACUACUUUUAGUGCCAUCGGGUGCGACCGAGACGUCAAAAAGGAAAUCGCACAAUUCGUCGUUGCCCGCGGCGGUAAAUUUUUUGAAAGCGUCGUCAGGAACGUCAAUCGCGUGGUCGCCCCGCCAACUAUCGAAGUCGACGACGCGUACCUCCAAGCCUGCGACGAAGUUCUAUCCACAAAUUGGCUCUUCUCGUGUAAAGAACAAGAAAUAUGGCCACCUAAAGCCAGAGAUUGGAUUAAAGUGUCCCCGUCUGUCGCGACGCUCUACGACAAAACCAUCGACGCGUUUGGCGACGCGCACAUGAGCGAAGACUUGAACGACGAAGAUUUUCGCGCGAUGAGGCACCAAGUGUGCUCGCGCAAACGCAAAGGCACGGAAUUCAAAACGUUGAGGCACAUAGACGACGACGAUCGUCAAAAUCUCGGGAAGAUUGUGCGCCUUUCGGAAGAAUCCAACACCGUCAUCCUCUCGCAAAACAGCCGCCCGAAGAAAGACUUGGACCCUGCGAUAAAAGAAGAUGAUGAGAGAGAAGCGGACCGAAAAAGAAAAAACCAAGACUCCUCCGCGCACACGCAAGCGCUGGAGUUAAUCCAGAGACGAAAAGCCGCCGCAGAGAUGUUGCGGAUCUAUUAG